GAGAUCAUUACGUUUACGUUGCGUUUUUACGUAGAGGCACACAGAUGUACGUUCGUUGUAUACGUAAGCAUAUUCCAAUCAAUUAAUUAAUAUUUAAUGCAAAUAAAUUACUCUAAGUUAUAAAUAUGUCUUUUCAAGUCAUACUCAGGUUGAUCAUUCUGGAAUUUUUCUACAUAUUACAGUGUUUUCACUGUGACAUCGCCGUCAUCACAUGGCUUUAGGUUUUUCUCGUGUAAACAGUCGAAAGUUUCGUCUAACAAAAUUCCCACAAUUCUCAUACAUUCCGGUAGAAUGGAAAAAGACACCUCUGACAAUUGCCCGUCAAGCAGCGCUGAACCUAAACGUUUGUCAGACCAUAAUGAUAAAGCAGAGCCCAGUGUUGUCAACAAUCAUAACAUCAUUUUGAACAUUCGGGGCGAACACUUUGUAGUAAAUGCGUCCAUUCUUGAACACUUUCCAAACACACGACUUGGCCGCUUGGCCAAGGACCCCAACCUUGAUGAACAGCUCGAUGAAAACGGUGAAAUUUUUUAUAACAAAGAUCCGAUCAUGUUUGGAUAUAUCAUGGAUUUCUACAGAGGUGAAGAGCUUCACGUUCCAAAGGACAAGUGUGUGGUUAGUGUGGAGGAGGACUUGGAGUACUGGGGCAUAGAGGACUCUUUGAUAUCACUCUGCUGCAGAAAGCGAUUUUUAGCCAGCCUCAACGAACUCUAUAAGACAGAGCAGAUCAAAAGAGAACUUGCAAGUCUUACUCAACAGGACAGACAAACUAUGAUGGAUUCUCCGAUAAAACAAACACUUGUUACGAUUUUUAAUAACAGGAAGUCAUCCCGUGCAGAAAAGGUUUGGUCUUGCCUAUACCCGUGGCUAAUUAUAUUGACAGUGGGGCUGAUGUUUUUCAGUACACAUCCCAACUUCCGUGUCGCACUUUCAUCAGCUCCUCAAACUCAGCAUGGGGCCUUUUCCUUAACCAACAAACAAGUGGAGCUUAUUGUCAACACAAAGCCACACAUUGUUCUCGUUUGCCUAGAGUUUAUCUUUUGUGUCAUUUUCACCGUCGAACUUCUUUUCAACGCUUUGGCCAGCUGUAAGCACAUUGUUGAAGUGUUCAACAUGACCACCCUGUGUACCGUGGUUUAUCUCGUUCCCGCUUGGAUCAGCCUGUUAACUCAAAUCGUGGACGCAGAGAGCUCGACUGGGAUCCGUCUGGCGAGCGUGAAGCUCAUAAUUCACGCACUCACCGUGCUGAGGGUGGCGCUCCUCCACAGACUGAUCUGGCACAACAGAGACCUCAGGUUACUGUUCUUUGCCCUCAAGUCGAGCAUCCAAGAACUCACCCUGAUGAUGGUAUUCGUGUUAAGUGUCGCAGUCAUGUCCUCGUCGUUUCUGUUCGCCACGAAUCUCUUUGUAGACUCAUCAAUUGAUAGCAUGUUCACAGGUCUAUGGUGGGCGGUUGUGACCAUCACAACGGUCGGCUACGGCGAUCAGCAUCCGCACUCGUGGCUCGGUUAUAUAGUAGCGUGUGUCUGUAUUUUAACCGGAAUCAUUGUAACUGGCAUGUCCAUACCACUUAUUACCAAGCGCUUCCACGUGUACUAUCAAACACGUCUCCCAGCAGAUAUAAAUCAUUUGUUAAAACGGAGGAAAUCUCGAGUUAGGCCAUGUUCCUGCAAACUAUUAGAAUGAAACUAGAAUAUGAUAAAUAAAAGAAAAAGAAAACACUAUUAUUUGUGGGGGAAAGUAUCAUUAUUAUUAAAUUUAGUAAUACGAGUACAUUAAAAUAUAUACAUAUACAUACAAUAUAUAUAUAUAUAUUAUAUGUGUGUGUGUGUGUGUGUGUGUGUGUGUGUGUGUGUGUGUGUGUGUGAUUUCUUUUUUCUUUGACAGUUUAAGAGAGGUUAUGUUUCAGUUUUAUUUUAUAUUAUAAUUUAACUUAGGGGUACAACGAUACGAUAUUGCGGUUUAUUAUAUACAUAGCAAUGAAUUAUAUAGAUCUGCAAGAACCACAAAAGUGAUAUUUGGUCAUAAAUAAUAUUUUCACUUUAUUUUAGCUGCAGUGAAAAUAUAGAAAUCGCAUUUACAUUUUUGUAAAAUUCAUGAUUAAAUUAUCACCCUUUG